AUGGAAAAAGAUACUGCGCACACGCAUUCUCCAGAGGUUGUCCCAGUUCAUGGAGAAGACAACGUCGAAUAUCGCACUGAUACCCCUACUACUGCUAUUGAUCAAAAUGGUUGGAAGCAUAAGAAUCAUCGAGUCCUUGGUACGAGCUUUUGGUAUGCUUCUCCUAGUGUUCAACUUACCAUGGUCGCAUUCGUUUGCUUCCUUUGCCCUGGUAUGUUUAAUGCGCUUGGUGGCCUUGGUGGUGGUGGAAGGUCAGACACAUCUCUUGCAGAUCAUAUGAACACCGCUCUAUAUUCCACCUUUGCAGUCUUCGCUUUCUUCGGUGGAACUUUCGUCAACAAAUUGGGUGUGAAAGCUUGUUUGGCUUUUGGUGGUAUCGGAUAUUGCAUUUAUGCAAUCUCUCUUCUCGCUUCUCUUCACGCACAUGUUGAUGGCUUUAAUAUCUUCGCUGGUGCACUUCUAGGUGUUUGUGCUGGUCUUUUAUGGACUGCACAAGGAACUAUCAUGGUUUCAUAUCCAUAUGAAGCUGAUAAGGGAAAAUACUUUGGUGUUUUCUGGGCUGUCUUUAACUUCGGUGCUGUUCUUGGUGCUUUGAUUCCACUUGGUCAAACUGUCCACAGCAAGGAUAGUACCAAUGUCAACGAUGGCACCUAUAUCGCAUUCAUUAUUCUCAUGUUUCUUGGUGCUUGUCUCGCUCUCUUCUUAUGUAACGCCGACGAUAUCGUUCGACCAGAUGGUACCAAAGUUGUCCUUAUGAAGCACCCAUCCUGGAAAUCCGAAUUCAUUGGUCUUUACGAUACUAUCGUUUCAGAACCAUUCAUCAUUCUUCUCUUCCCCAUGUUCUGGGCUUCCAAUUGGUUUUACACCUAUCAACAAAAUGGGAUGAAUGCUGCCGUAUUCAAUAUCCGCACUCGUGCUCUCAACAACGUCUUAUACUGGACGGCUCAAAUUUUCGGUGCAAUCAUCUUCGGUUUCGGUCUCGAUGCGGGUAACUUUCGUCGAUCGGUUCGUGCCAAGUCUGCUCUUGCUUUCCUUUUUACUAUCACCAUGAUUACUUGGGGUGGUGGAUACGCAUUUGCAAGAACCUAUACUCGUGAAAGCACCAAGGCAAAACCGGAUGGAGACUAUAUUCCUGUUGAUUUUACUGAUGGUGGAAAGAAAUACAUUGGUCCCAUGUUCCUCUACAUCUUCUAUGGAUUUUUCGAUUCCGCAUGGCAAGGAUGCGUAUAUUGGUUCAUGGGAGCUCUCUCUAACUCUGGACGUAAAUCAGCUAACUACGUCGGUUUUUACAAGGGUAUCCAAUCAGCUGGUGGUGCUGUCAUGUGGGCAUUAGAUGGGCAAAAACUUCCUUACCAUGAUGAGUUUAUAAGCAAUUGGGUUCUUCUUUCGGUUUCCUGCGUCAUCGCUGCUCCGGUUAUCUUUCUGAGAAUUAAGGAUACCGUUUCCGUGGAGGAGGAUUUACAGGGUACGGAUGAAACGUUGGCCGAUGUGGUUCCGGAAGGUCAUGCGGAGAAGGAGGCGGGUGCUCAUGAAUUGAAUACUCAUGUUGAUCGUACAAGUAACGUUUAA